UGUCGGUAAAACGGCAGGUCAACCAAACGUUACGUUGCGUGGAUCCACGACUAAAGACCCGUAGUUGGCGUGAUUACUUUUUUUGUUAAAAGUUGGAGCAUUAUCGGCUACGGGAAAAAUGCUCCGGAGGCUGGCCGCCGUCCCCCGGCCCCUAGCGGCCGCUGCGCGGAGCUUGUCUUCGGGUUCGGUGAGGAUCACGGAGCCGCUCAACUUCUGGGCUGGAAAGCGGAGAGAAGGCCAGAAAGACAACAAGGAGCCUGUUUAUGAACCGUCAACCGGGCUCGUCCUGUGCCACCUGGAGCCGUGCGGCGCUGCAGAGGUGGACCAAGCCGUGCGGGCUGCCAAGUCGGCCUUUGGUCACUGGAGCAGAAUGUCUGGGAUGGAAAGGGCGAGAAUCAUGAUAGAAGCUGCUCAUAUGAUUGAGAGCAGGAGAGAGGAGAUUGCCCGACUGGAAGUGGUGAACAAUGGGAAGUCCAUCACAGAGGCCCGUCUGGACGUGGACUCGGCCAGACUGUGUAUCGAGUACUACGCAGGCCUGUCCAGCACCAUGGCAGGCCAGCAUGUCCAGCUGCCCGGAGGGUCGUUUGCUUACACCCGCCGGGAGCCUCUGGGGGUCUGCGCCGGCAUCGGGGCCUGGAAUUACCCCUUUCAGAUCGCUGCAUGGAAGUCUGCUCCGGCCCUGGCCUGUGGGAACUCCAUGGUGUUCAAACCCUCCCCGGUGACGCCGGUGACGGCCGUCAUGCUGGCAGAGAUCUUCACGCAGGCCGGCGCUCCGGACGGGCUGCUGAACGUGGUGCAGGGCGGCCAGGAGACCGGCAGGCUGCUGUGCCACCACCCUGACGUGGCGAAGGUCUCCUUCACUGGCAGCGUCCCCACAGGACAGAAGAUUAUGGAAAUGGCUUCUAAAGGAGUGAAGCCGGUGACUCUGGAGCUUGGAGGGAAAUCUCCACUGCUCAUCUUUCAGGACAGUGAUCUGGAGAACGCCGUGAAGGGAGCCCUCAUGGCCAACUUCCUGUCUCAAGGCCAGGUCUGCAGCAACGGUACCCGAGUGUUUGUCCAUAAAGACAUACUGCCCGAGUUUUUGAGGGAGGUGGUGGCGAGGACCAAGGCCAUUGAAAUCGGCGACCCGCUGUUAGAGAGCACCCGCAUGGGCGCGCUGGUCAGCCGGCCACAUCUCAGCAAAGUGUUGGCGUUUGUCGAGCAAGCCAAGCGUGAGGGAGCCACGGUGCUGUGUGGGGGUGAACCGUACGUCCCAUCAGACCCAAAACUCCGAGGCGGAUACUACAUGACUCCCUGCGUCCUCGGUGACUGCAGGGAUGAAAUGACCUGCGUGAAGGAGGAGAUCUUUGGUCCGGUCAUGUCCGUGUUGUCCUUUGAGACUGAGGAGGAAGUCCUGCGGAGAGCCAACGACACCACGAUGGGUCUGGCCGCCGGAGUUUUCACCAGAGAUGUGAGGCGAGCCCAUCGUGUGGUGGAGCAGCUCAAAGCAGGCUCCUGCUUCAUUAACAACUACAACGUCACGCCUGUGGAGGUGCCGUUCGGAGGCUUCAAGAUGUCAGGCAUCGGGAGGGAGAACGGCCAGGUGACCAUCGAGUACUACUCUCAGCUGAAGACGGUGUUUGUGGAGAUGGGAGACGUGGACAGCCUCUUCUAGACCGUGGUGCGGACCAGGACGCCGCUCCCAUCAGUCAAGGGAUGGCUGAGCGUCGAUCAGCUGCUUAGAGAAGCUGGUAUUCUCUGAUGAUGGUUUUCUGGUGAAGCAGACUAAACAUAGAAACAAACCAGCUGAGCCAAACCGACUGAAUGUAAAAAAGUUUUAGCUGAUUACACGUCUUAUAGUUUUCCUAUUUAGUGUGGAAGUCGCUCUGUGAUUCCUGCUUGUAACAAGAAAACACAACAAAUGUUUACAAUAAAUGUUUAUUUCUUGAACUGGAGAGCCUUUUUGUACAAAUCCAACAACCAGCAAGAGACUAGAAAACAACACAUUUAUAUCAGAUGAAACGUUAAAUGGUCUGAACUGGAACUCUGACAUGAACAGACUGAGUUAUUAGAGGAACCUAACACUUAGGUUUUACUAACAAUGUUCACUAAUAAUAAAA